AUGCCUUCAUUCACACUUCUUCAGAACUUCACCGCAUCACCGUUCCCCGUCACGACUCUCGGAGCCUCUUCGAACGCCGUCUCCGUCCCCUCCGCCGCUCGGUUUAUUCAGUUUCAGCUGAACACUCGCCGGAAUUUGCUCGGUAGACGUUUGAUAGCAGUAGAAGUAGCAGUUCAGGGAAGAGAUAUCUCUAAUAGCGAUCCUCCGUCUGUAGUUCUCGACAGCCUCAGAGUUUUGCAAUGGGACGAGCUCUGCGAUUGCGUUGCCUCCUUCGCCGGCACUUCACUUGGCAGACAAUUCACCAAGGAGAAACUGUGGGAUUUGGAUAAAUCAUACGAUGAUAGUGUAAGACUACUGAAGGAGACUGAAGCUGCGGUGGAAAUGCUCAAAUAUGGGGCCAUGAUGGAUUUUACCGGCAUCAAUGUUGCAUUGGUGGAGACUGGACUAAAAUGUGCUCGUAGGGGUUCUUCUUUGACUGGGAGUGAAGCAGUGGCAGUUGCAGCCCUUUUACAAUUUGCAGAUUCGCUCCAGUUAAAUGUGAAAGCUGCAGUAAGGGAAGAUUCAUAUUGGUUUAAGAGGUUUAUGCCUCUAUCAGAACAGAUAAUGGAAUUAGUCAUAAGUCGGUCUUUGAUCAAGUUUAUACAGCAAAUUGUGGAUGAAGAUGGCUCCGUAAAAGAUUCUGCGAGUUCGGACUUGAGACAAGCACGUGAUCAAGUGCGCUCAAUUGAGAGGAAGUUGCGCCAGUUGAUGGAAGGCAUUAUAAGAAAUGAAUUUAAAGAAACUUCGAUUCCUGAAAUAUGCAAUAUUGAUGGCCGAUGGUGCAUACAGUCAAGUGCUGAUGCGCGCGAAACUUUUGAGGGACUAUUGUUGGCAAGUGGUUCAGGUGCUGGAAGUCUCGUAGAACCACUAUCAGCUGUUCCUUUAAAUGAUGAGCUCCAACGAGCAAGGGAGUCAGUAGCAAGGGCUGAGGCAGAGGUGCUCUUGAAGAUAUCCCAGAAGAUAAAAUUCGAUUUUGAUGACAUUGAACAAGUAUUCAAAAGCAUGAUUCAGAUAGACACGAUCAAUGCUAGAGCAAGAUAUAGUCUCUCAUUUGAAGGUGCUUUCCCUGAACUAUAUUUUCCGCAAGAUAAAAGGAGCACCGUGAACUCUGACACAUUGUCAGAGGAUGACAUCUCAUUACUAUCACAACCCAAUCAGAAGAAGUGGUCACUAUAUUUGCCUAGAAUGCAUCAUCCAUUAUUGCUACGACAGCAUCGUCAAAAUUUGCAAAUGGCCAUGAAGGAUCUGAGUAAUGCAAAAGCUGAAAUCAGAAGGAGGAAACAGAUGGGAGGAUCUUCAAGAUGGAAAGAAGAUCAAGAUUCAUAUGUAUCGUCUUUGGAGUUGCAGGUUGCCAGGUUGAAACAAGCUCUUCCAGUCCCCUUUGACAUAUUUAUAACACAGAGUACUAGAGUUCUCGUUAUAACUGGCCCCAAUACUGGAGGCAAGACAAUUUGUCUGAAGACAGUUGGAUUGGCUGCAAUGAUGGCAAAAUCAGGUCUCUAUGUCUUGGCAUCAGAACCAGCAAGGAUUCCCUGGUUUGAUUUUGUACUUGCUGAUAUUGGCGAUGAGCAAUCUCUAUCUCAGUCUCUAUCUACUUUUUCCGGCCAUCUGAAGCAAAUUAGCGAAAUCAAGUCCCUUUCAACAAGUCUGUCAUUGGUGCUCUUGGAUGAAGUAGGUGCGGGAACAAAUCCUCUAGAAGGAGCUGCCCUGGGGAUGUCAUUGCUAGAAUCUUUUGCCGAUGCUGGUACUUUGUUGACGAUAGCCACCACACAUCAUGGAGAACUCAAAACUCUUAAAUACAGCAACAAUGUCUUUGAGAAUGCUUGCAUGGAGUUUGAUGAAGAGAAGUUGAAGCCCACUUAUAGAAUCCUUUGGGGAAUACCAGGGCGUUCAAAUGCAAUCAAUAUUGCUGAUAGGCUCGGACUGCCAGGUGAAAUAUUAGAUGAUGCACGUGAACUAUAUGGAGCAGCUAGUGCAGAAAUCAAUGAGGUCAUAGUUGAUAUGGAGAGAUUCAAGCACGACUAUCUUGAAAAAGUUCACGACGCACAGCAUUACCUGAGGCUCUCAAAGAAACUCCAUCAGGACCUACUCGAAACGAAAAAGAGAGUGAUGGAACAUGGCAUGGAUGAAAGAUACAGGAUGAUGCAAGAAUUAUCCGAGAUAGCAGCUUCUGCACGUUCCAUCAUUCACAAGAAAGUUCGCGAGUAUCGAUCACGUCCAACCGAACCUUCCAAGCAAAUAAAAGCAGAUACAAGUAAUCAUAUUUCAACAUCACAAGAAACUAAAACUUCUGCAGCAGUUCAAACUCCCAAUACCAUGGUUAACCGGGAGCAACCGGUUACAGAGAAGAAGCGUGAGCUUCCAAAGGUUGGUGACACGGUGAACGUGCCUUCUCUGAACAAGAAAGCAACGGUAUUGAAAUUGGAUCAGUCAAAAGGAGAAAUAGUAGUUCAGGCUGGUAACUUGAAGGUGAAGUUGAAACUCACUGAUAUUGUGAAUUGA